AUGUUUGUAAACACAUUGAUAAACAUCGAACCAUCAUCUUCCACCAAGAAUUACUUCCGAAUUUCCACAGCGAUGAUAAUCAUGUUUAUUGAUGUCUUCGGCGAUUUGUUGUUUUGGCCAGUUUUGAAAUACGCGAAACAUAAAAAGCGACGGAGAGGAAGCGUUUCGGUCAGUGUUUGGAGAGGUUGCUGGCGGCCGAAAUAAACGGGAUUUUUUGAGAGAAAGGAAAAUUUUUUGAUUAUCUGCGGGUUGUAGGUAGUAGUUCAUGUGCUGAUUUUUGUUUUGGAAGGGUUUUCCACAAAAUCUUCUACAUGCCCUUAGGGAAAAAUUAGUUAAAAUUGCAUGUUGACAAAGUGCGAUGUUUAGGUUUUCUUCGAAUUUUUCAUCAUGAUUUUUGACGAUUAUAUACAUAAUUAUAUACAUAUAAUGUUCUAAAUAAUAUCUUCUUUCAUAGGUUUUGCCUCGAAAAACUUUUUUGAAGUCCAAAUUUACCCAAUUCUCUGACAUUUCAUAAAAAUUUUUUGUUAAUUUCUAGCCAUCAUUUAGUAUGUAGCAAACAGUAAUACAUGUAAAAUCUCUUGCCCGACCCCGGAUUUAUCGCAAUUCCCAUUUGUUCCCUACGAACUACACUGUUACCCUCACUUUUUCCAGAAAUCAACGCCUAAUCAAACUUUCAAAAUGAGCCAGGACAAGUCUCUGAUUGAGAAGAUCUUCGGCAAAAGUCGUGAGGACUAUGAAGUGGCCGCUGACAAAGCUCAGGAUCUGGGGGUAAUUUUUUAUUAGUCAUCAUAAAAAAUAGCAAAAAAAAACAGCUAAUGUUGUAGGUAAAAUAAGAUAAUUUUGUAGGUAAAAUACAGUGGUCCAUUGGCCAAAAAAAUGUUCCAUUUUGCAUCCGGGAAGCAUCAAAAAUGCAGCAAAAUACCUCCUUCUCCCAGUGAAAAAACUCCAAUUUCACAAGCGCCCUUCAAAAUGGAGUUUUUUUAGUUGGAGAGGGAGGCAUUUUGCCGUAUUUUUGAUCCUUCCCACAUGCAAAACGAUACGUUUUUUGCCGCUGGAUCAGGUCCCUCACUGUAAAUUGAAUAAUAAAAAGUAAAAUAGUGAAAAUUGUAGCCUCAAAUGCUCAGGGCUUUAAAAUAAAUGACCAUAGGAGUAAUUAGUUAUUCAUCAAAAAAAAAAUUGAUUUUAAUCUCGCCUAAAGUAAUAUAACUUUUAUGUUUAGGACCGCGCCUGCAAACAAGUCGCUGAAGCGCAACGCCUGGCCGACGCUCGAGUAGCGCAGACCUCUCAGCGCGCCCACGAAAUUCAGGACGAGGCCAACAAGAAGAUCGACGAACUCCGCCGAGAGGGAAACUUGGCGGCCGAAAAAACGCACGAAAUCUUUGAGAAAACCGGUAAGUGAGCUAUCAUUUUUUCCGGAGUUAAAAUAAAGUCUAUUUUGCUGUAUUCAACGUAACGGAUUCAAAUUCUAGGCGCCCAUCUUGAGAGUUCCGGCCAAAACAUCAGAUCUCACUGA